AGCAAACACCACACCAGCCUGCAAGUGCGCGCGAAAGAAAGCGUUGACGUUCAUUUGUAGUUAUUUUUUUAGACCCUCGGCUCCGGAGUAGCCUAGACUAUUGGUCAAAUAAUGCCCCCUGUGGUGAUAGCUGUAUUUCAUUACUGGGUAACACAAAUAUAAUUUGGAUGCAGCAGGCCAGUCAUUGGUGAGUCAAGCUGUCUGCAAAAACGUCAGGAUAAUAUCGGCUCGCAGCUGGAAUGCAAGGUUGAUUCACGAAGAAGAGUUAGGAGGUAGAGGCAACGCUGAAGACACGCCAGUCCGACCGAUACACACUGCACAUACAGCCAUGAAGGGGGAUCAUUUAUUUUCCAACCUGAGAAAAGCCACGUUCUACCAGCGGGUCUACCUACUGGGAGGAGAGGAGCUGCUGGUGCUGCAAAGCACUGUGGGAGUUUCCACGCUGGGUGACAACUUCCAUCAGAUCACCGACUUCAACGACCUACCCACCUCCCUAUUUGCCUGCAACGUGGACCAGUCCGUGUUUGAGGAGCAGGAUGGCAAGGAGAUGUUUGAGGCUCUGUUCCUGUCCUACGAUGAGCGGGUGACGUUCCAGCUGUUCAAGAGCUUCCGGCGUGUCCGUAUCAACUUCAGCAACCCCAAAUCAGCCGCAAGCGCCAGGAUAGAGCUGCACGAAACGCCCUUCAGGGGCAAGAAGCUCAAACUCUACUUCGCUCAGGUCCAGAACCCAGUAUCAGAUGGUGAUAACCUGCACCUGGCUCCUCCUCAGCCCUCUAAACAGUUCCUCAUCUCCCCUCCCGGCUCACCGCCCAUUGGCUGGCAGCAGAUAGACGAGGCUACGACCGUCAUCAACUAUGACCUGCUCUAUGCGGUGGCCAAGCUGGGCCCCGGAGAGAAGUUUGAGCUGCAUGCGGGAACAGAGUCCACUCCCAGCGUCGUAGUCCACGUGUGCGAUAGCGACACAGAGGAGGAGGAAGAGGAACCAAAGAAUUGCCCCAAACCAAAAAUCAUCCAGACCCGGCGCCCUGACCUUCCUGUGUCCAACUGAACUCUGUCCCCCUGCCACUUCCUGCCGUAACAUCCUCGUGUGGAGGAAGGAGAAUUUGACCCCCACCCAUCUCUCUCACAGGAACAUUCCCCAUGUUCAGCCUUCCCGCCUUAAGGCUGUCCGCCUGGGCCAGAGGGGGAGUGAUCUCUGUUCCUCGUCCUCGCCGACAUACAGCCGUUGAUGUGCUACAUGUAUGAUCACAGAGUUAGUUUCCGUCCACUAUCAUUUUCACAUUUCUAGUUGCAGCCACCAUGCCCUCAGUGAUUGGUUCCUCUCUUUAUGAUUCUGUUGAUGUAAUGUCACACAGUUAGCAGUGAUGGGGCAGCACCUUGCUUUGAGCUCUUAGCGGUUGUGGUGCAUGCCAGUUUAAAGAAGCCCAUAGGUCGCUUUUAUGGACUGUUUGCUGGACGUUAGCUUUGCUCUCGCACCACUGCGUAUGUACCACAAGCACUAAUGAUGAAUAGCACUUCUCUCAUCAGGGCAUGUUAGCCACUGAGGUGGUGAGGGACUGGCACUGCAUGAAUUGAAGUAACCCUAAGGAAUAUUAUAAAUACUCAAUACUUAAAGUUGUCAGAGGUUGUUCCUCAUGUUGUCAGUGCUGUCUGUCGACCAUGGGAUUUUUUUUAUCUUGCCAAUGCAUGCACUGGUCUGAUACAGUUUGUGUAUUUACUUUGCUCCGUUUGCUGUAUGUAACUGUCAAUGUGACCUCUCUCUCUUCUCUAUCUUCUCUCUCUCCUCCCUGGGUGUUCUGGCUAUCGGUGUUCUUCACAGAAAACAAUGUUUAAACCUGUUACAAGCCAUGCGCCUUCAAGUGAAAACAUUAUGUACAAUGAUAUUUCUGUGAUUUUUCCUCAAUGUGAAUUUUUCUGUGUCCAUGUCUUGUCCCUGACAGUCUGUUUUAAAGAAAGAGGGGGAAAAAGUGAACUAAGAAAAAAAAACAGAAUAACCCUUUCCUCCUAGGGAAAAAAUGGAUAGCCAAUCAGAUGUCAUCACGUGAAGACAGUCUAUAAUGUGCAUUUUUAUAGAGAUAUUGUGUUGUUUGAGAACAGUGGUUCAGGCAUGGGGUUUCCUUGCAGUUUGUGUGCUUCUGUAGAGAGCGAGAAAGAAACAUUUAUUCAGACUCAUAAGGAAUAAGAAAAUGCAUCACAACGAUCUUGUGAGGAUGAAAAAAAAACAACGUAUUAUGUUACACAAAAUUUUCCAAGUGCUAUUACACAGUUUCUGUGAAAAUGGUCAAGGGAAAUGACACUCACACAAUCAUUUUUGUUUCCCUUUGUGUGUUUUGUUGAGUUUUUCCUGUGUUGGUGCAAUGAGUGUCUUGGUAUGCCCAAAUAACUUAUAGGACUAUAGAACAAGCCCUGUACAAAAUGCAUUUAAAAUGCCCUGUCUGUUUGUGGAGAACUGGCGUUGGGAUCAGUUUGCUAUUGACCCUUCCUGUUUUAGACACUACACCAACACUGAGAUUCUACAUUUGUUUGACACACUGAUUCCACCCUGGUGCUUUUCUACACUCUAACCACUCAGCCUGUAACCUCACAGUGUCUGUCAUUUCAACCCCGAUCUCUGAUGAUGAUGAUAAAUCCAAUGGUCUGAUUUGAUGACCCAGUUCAAAGUGUGCUGAUUGAUAAUAUGGUUUACUUCACCAAGCUCCAGUAGGUUGCGCUAAAUGCCCUUUUCUUCUACCUGCAAUAUUUUCCCCAUCUGCUUAUAAUUGACGUUUAAAGCAGAUCAAAUGUCGUUGGUAAUAAUGUGCCACUAUCCUUUUUGAAAAACACAGACAUCAAAUGAAAUUGAAUACGGUCCCUAUCUAUUUCUAAAAAGACCAGGUUUGAAUCAUGUAACAUUUCUUUCUUUCACAUGGUUGGGGUAACAGUAGUCCUUCAUCCUUGUUUUGUUUCGUACAUGCUGGUUUUAAGACACUCUUCCCUCACUGCAUUUAUCUGAUGGUUACCAACAACACAAUAACAUGCCCCUGUCCAAAUUAUGUACUACAGCCACCAUUAAAACCCAAAAUGAGGUGACUUGUAUACAUACAUGCAAUGACUGUGUUUUUCGCCUAGACCCCUGGUCUGUUGAAUCUGCUCUAUAAGCUUGUCCCGCAGAUCAUAUCCUUAAACAUAAACACAGUAAGAAUUCUGCAUGUUGUCAAUAUGUACCUGUAUGUGAUUCAAAAUGUCCAGAUAUUUGUAUUUUACAGAUUUUUCUUCUCCUUUUAUUUUUGAAAUCAUAUUAUUGUCUGUUUUCUUCUGAGAGUCUGUUGGAUUCGGGACGUAGUAUCAGUGAUGGGGGGGGGGGGACCAAUAUCUGUAUUGUGUAAAACUUGUGCAACACCUUCAAUGUACUUGUCAUUCUACAUGUACAACCUGCCUGCCUACACUAAGGAUACAUAUCUGUAUAUAUUAAUCAAUACUAUUUUUACUGCAUUUUUGUACAAAUAUUCAUGGUAGCCAUGUAAAAGUAGUUGACAUGAUUCUACGGUAGUAUUAAAAGAGUUUGGUUUUAA